AUGGCUACUAGUAAUCCAGCGACCAAGCUUGAGGGAAGAUACUAUGCUCUUGUUGUUUGUUGGCUUCUUGGGAAUGGAUGUCUUUUUUCUUGGAACAGUAUGCUCACAAUAGUCGAUUAUUACGGUUAUUUGUUCCCUCGAUAUCAUCCAUCGAGAAUCCUUACCCUUGCAUAUCAGAUAUUUGCCAUUGGAACACUUAGUCUUCUUGCUUACAAAGAGGCAAAAAUCAAUACCAGACUCCGUAAUUUGUUUGGAUAUAGUCUUUUUUUCCUUAGUUGUCUUGCUGUUCUAGUGUUAGAUUUAGCUACCUCGGGAAAAGGAGGGAUUGGAUCUUUCGUUGGAGUCUGUGUUAUUAGUGCUGCGUUUGGUCUUGCCGAUGCACAUGUUCAAGGUGGAAUGAUUGGAGAUCUUUCUUUGAUGAGACCAGAGUUUGUUCAGUCGUAUCUAGCUGGCUUAGCUGCUUCAGGAGCACUAACCUCUGGAUUAAGGUUGAUCACAAAAGCAGCAUUUGAAAACUCGAGGGAUGGCCUUCGCAAGGGAGCUAUUUUGUUCUUUGCCAUAUCUGCAUUCUUUGAGUUGCUUUGCGUCCUUUUGUAUGCAUAUGUGUUUCCAAAGAUACCAAUUGUGAAAUACUACCGCGCACGAGCUGCCGCUCAAGGAUCUAAAACUGUAUCGGCCGACCUUGCAGCUGGAGGCAACCAAGACUUACCAGUGACACAGGAGGAUGAUGUUCCAACAUCAAAUCAGCGGUUAAGCAACAAACAGUUGUUGUCAAAGAACUUAGAUUACGGAAUCAACUUAUUCUUGGUAUAUCUACUAACACUUAGCAUUUUCCCUGGAUUUCUAUCGGAGGACACCGGAAAACACAGUUUAGGAGACUGGUAUGCGUUAGUGUUGAUAGCGAUGUACAACGUAUGGGAUUUGGUUGGAAGGUAUAUUCCAUUGAUUGAGAGGUUAAAGAUGGAGUCAAGGAAAGGCCUUACGAUAACAUCAUUGGGACGUUUCUUGUUGGUUCCUGCUUUCUAUUUCACAGCCAGAUAUGGGAACCAAGGAUGGAUGAUUUUCUUGACGUCGUUUUUGGGAUUAAGCAAUGGAUAUUUAACGGUUUGUAUCCUCACAUCAGCACCAAAGGGUUACACGGCACCGGAGCAAAAUGCAUUAGGAAACUAUUUGGUGUUAUUUUUGUCUGGAGGGAUGUUUGCAGGAGUCACUUCUGAUUGGCUUUGGCUAAUUGGUAAGGGUUGGUGA